GUAGGAUUUACUAAUUUCUCUGGCAGUCGUUUCGCUAGUCACCGAGAAACAACAUCACGCGUUACAUCUUGUAUGUCUAAUCACGUCGGCGAAGAUUCCUCAGACAAUAGAGUUAAAGUAGUCACGAAAUAUAAUCAUGGACGAGAAAAAUAUGUACACAACGAAAAGUGGCAAAUCAUCCGAAUUCAAGAACAGCGAAAAGAAGAAAGGCUUGUCAUUAAGAAAUACUGAAAAUCAUGUAGUUUGCAAUACAACGAUGGUAAAACAAUACUCUUCCAACAGAGGGAGAUUUCAGAUUUAUUCCGAAGACAGCAAUGAAAGUAAUCGAUCACGAUCUCGUGUGAGAAAAAACGUACCCAAAAAAAAAGAGAUAAGAGCAAGGCGAGAUAAUGAAGUACUCAAAAAAACAACCGAAUCAACAAUCAAACUCGAGAAACUUAAUUCUGAUUUAUAUAUUUCACGCAGAGCACGUUCUUCAAGCAACUGUCGACAGAAUGCUCUUUCAGAUAAAAUUAACGUGAACAGCAAAUUAUUUAACAAUCGGAGAUCUUAUUCCGAAAGCAGAGGAAUUCCGUUGCAAUGUGCACAAAGUAGUGUUGUUCAAUUACCCAAUAUUCAAAAAAUUAAACAUCUUACUGACGAUGUUAAAAGACGAACUUCUUCUAGUAUUCAAACAUGGAAAGAGAAAAUGAGGAAACCAUACACUGGUACCAUGCCCAAAAAUAGGAUGGCUAAUACAAAUUUAAAUAACAAAACUCUUUCAUUGGUUGGUAUCAAUAAAGUUAAUUCCACAACCAACUUGCAAAAGAAUUCCGUUACUGGAUCGAUGAAUUUGCAACCUGAGCUAUUACAAAAUGCGAAUGAAGGUAAUAGACAAGCCCAAAAUAUCGACUCCUUGAAGAAUGCACUUCAGCAGAUAUCAAAUGAACUUGAGAUAUAUCUGCAAAAUAAUAAAUUAUCUUCGACAAUACAAAAUGAUACUAACAAGAGAAACUUUAUUUCUGAGAACGCUGACAAUAAUAAUCUAUUAGGCGCUACACUACUUUUUAGCUCUAAUAGCGUAACACCUUUAGAUGGCUCUAUCUCUCUGCCAUUAACUCCAACAAAGGUGCAUUACGAAAAAUGUGUGAUGACACGGAAAUUAACAAUUAAGAAGGAAAACGAAUAUGAUGUUAUUUGUGAAACACCGUACGAACGUGAUUACUUGGAGGAUAUACCAGAGACGGAAUAUAAGAGGAAUAUCAACGCUCCAAGGCUUUCCCCUCAUUUUCUGCGUGAAAAUGUAAACGCAGAACAGAGAAGAAUCGUCGUAGGAUAUAUUAUUCGUCUUGGCAUACACUGCUACUAUUCGUCGCAUGUCAUUUAUCAGACUGUCAAACUAUUCAAUGUAGCUAUUGAUCGAAUUCAUGUAGGAAUUGACGAUAUACAAUUAAUAGCUCUAGCGUGUCUUUGGAUAAUUCUUAAGCAAGAUGCACCUAGUGAUAAAAUACCAUCGGCGACUGUAAUUCUGGAAUUGGCGAAAGAUUUAUACAGUAACCAAGAGAAAGAUUUGUUAAAGUAUGAGAAGAAGAUUCUCUGCGCUGUUAAAUUCAACACACGAUUCGCUGAUCCAUUCUCGUUACUUUCAUAUUAUAUAUUAAAUGUAAAUCAAGACAGUCGAUGUAAUAUUAUUAAGCCGAAUGAUAUCGCGUGUGUCUACUUUUGCGGUAGUUAUAUGAUCGAUUCAUCUAUGCUGGAUGAAAACUUAUGUGAAACUCCGGUGUAUAUAAUAGCAAUAGCUGCAGUAGAGUUGUCGCUUCGUAUUGUAUAUUUGAGCGAUGUUAACGUGAAUCCAGAAUGGUAUCAAGUUUGGAGAAAUAAACAAUCACUCAUAGAAUGGGAAGAAAGAAUGCUGAAUUCUACGAAGCAGAUUAUGAUACAACGAACUGUAGAAUAUAAGGAUUUUGGUGCAAAUGUUAUAUACAAAAAGUACAUGCGUAGCAAACACGGGAAAAUCACCAAUUUUCUUCAUAAUAAAUUGAAGAAUAUCUUGUGACGAAGAUUAGAUAGUGUCUAGUUAAAGAUACUUCACUUGUCCCACAAUCGACGUUAUUGGAUCUCUACUCAACAAGAAAAGUAGGAACAUUAGAUCAUUAAAUCUUUGGCUGUUACAUCGUCAUCAAAAGAACAUUUGCAAAGCUCGAUAUACAUGAUUGUGAUAAAGAGUGUGUAAAAGAGGGACACUCAUUGGAUAAUUGUUAAAUGCUUAGACAUGUUAUUUAUUUUGUUAUCAAACACGUUUUAUAUACAGAUCGCGCUGGUCGCGUUUAUGUUUUAUUAUAGUAGUGUUUUAUUAUAGUUUAUAAAUAAUUGGUUUUUUUAUGUUAAAAAUAUUUAUAAAAAAAUUUUAAACACAUUUUUAAAAAAUUUUAUAAAGAAGUAGGAAUUAAGAUAUAAUGUACACGCAUGCUCAAAAAAAAAUAUAUUUUUUUAUUAUCGAAAAAGAAUUUAAAGAAGCAAGCGUUUAUGAUUCAAGUCUCCAUGCUCAGCAUUAUUCCUUAAAAGAUUGGUCGUGACAUUGAAAUGCGUAAUCUCUAUCGCGGUAAUAUGCUACUUCGAUGCGUAAACAUAAGCGAGGUUAUCGACAGUAUUUUAUUUGUCUAACAGUCCUCUUGGGUUAUUAAUAUAUUAUGACUUAAUAAUGAUUUUUCAGCAACAGCAACGGAAUAGCAAUAUCACAUAUACUAUAAUUAAAAGCUAUCAAAUAGUGCUCGAUUCUUAAUCGUCAAGUUUUAAUGAGUGCCAUAAUCCUGUUGAAUAUCUGCCCAAGAAUUCCACUUGUCCCACGUGUUA